AUGUCUUUACAAUCUUUCACGAGAGAAAAGAAUAAGUCAGGAUCCCGGGAAUCAUGCAUCAUACCACUUCCGAUUUCUAUAUCCAACACUAGAUCCUUCACAAAUACAAUUAUAACUGCUUUAACCAAUCGUUUUCCACUUUUAACUUAUAAUUACACUAGUAAUAUACAAAAAUCAUGCGUAAAAGCGCGAGGAAGUUUUAAUUCUACUUCCAAUUCAGUGAUAGUCUCAGAAAAGCAAGAUAUACAAAAGUUAUGGAAGCAAGGUUUUUUUGGAAAAGGAAAUUUAUCAAGAAGCGAGCCUACUUACGAAUGGAGAGAUGGAAAUAAAGAUAGUAAUGAUGAUAAAAAUGAAACCGAACCAACCUAUCUGAUUGAUGCACCAGGACAACCUGACAUAACUUCUCCAAUGACUUUAAUAGAGCAAACCAUAAAGAUUGAUUACAAUGAUAAUAAGGAGGGUGAUGAUAAUCUUAAAAUUGAUGCUGAUGAAAAUUAUAACGAUAAUAAAGAUGAAGAUGAUAUUAUUCAAAAUCGGGCUGCAUUUAUUCAAGAAAAUUUACAACUUACAACAGAAGAAGCGUUUUUCUUAAGUUUUGGGCUCGGUUGCUUGGAAAUAUAUGACACUAAUGAUAAUUUGAUGACUAUCCGAGAUUGUUGGAACGCGUUUCGUACAUCCACCGUAUCUAUAUCAUCUUUUCCAUCUAUUAGCACACCUAACUCUCCUCAGGAUUCGCCACUAAUUCAAUUAGAUAAUCCAUUCAUUGUUCGAUAUGUUGUAUAUCAUUAUUUUCGUAGUUUGGGAUGGGUCGUCAGAGGUGGUAUGAAAUUUGGAUGUGAUUACGUACUUCCAUACUAUCUUUCUGCCACUAGUAAUACGAAUAAUAAUCACUUCCGUCAUAACGUUACGACAUCUUGGCAAUUAAUGUCAAAUUUGAGCAGAGUUUGUGUACAAGUUAAAAAGUCAUUAGUAUUAUGUUAUGUAAUUAUUCCACCAUCACCAUUAAAAAAAAUGCCAGAUUUAUCAUCUCAUGAACAAAUCCAAACGCUAACUUCUUCAGAUGAUGACAAACAUCAUAUUAAUGAUAAAAAUAAUCAUAGUACUUUCGACUUAAACAAUCCAUUCGAAUGUAUAAAACAUUACAAAAUUAAAGAAGUUUUAAUAAAAAGAUGUACGCCUGAAAGAGUCAA